AGUAACUAUAACGAAUAUGUUUUGUUUAUCUUUGGUUUAUCUCUGUUUAAUUUUAAAUAAUGUUGAUUUCGUGAUUGUCAAUUGAAUAAAUGCAUUUAACAAAUAUCUAAAUUAAAAUAGAAGACAACAUUAUAAGUGGCAUUAUAGUUACUGUGUGUUCCACAUUAGUUAGCGUAGUAAUUAUGGGAAAUCCAAUUAGUAAACCAGAAGAACCUACUGAAAAGAAUAAAACAGCGUCAGAUUCUACACCAACACUUGCAACUCCAAUAAGGUAUCUAGAACUUGAUCCUAGGUCUCCAAGUUCUAACAUAGCUCGAACGCCUAUAGAGCAGAUUUUAAAUCGGGAAGUCUUAGGAGGAACAACAGAUCAUCAUGUAAAAAAUAAGUGUAGUACAGUUGUUGAGGCAGAUCCCCGUUCACCUACCACAGAAUUUAUUCGUACUCCAAUUGUAGUUGAAGAAAAUCCUAAUUAUGAAAUAAAGUUGCGUAAUAAAGCUUUAGAUAAUAUAAAAAAACAACUUGGUCAUUCAGAGCCUAACAGAUCUACAUUAAAUAAUAUAGGCAGGUAUAAUUCUGCUAUUAACUUAAAAACUGACUUGAUUAAUAAAAGUGAUGAAAUCAACAAUGUAGAAUUAAAAAGAUCUAAAUCCACAACUUUAGUACAAAAAAAUAAAAUAGAUGAAAUUGACUGUAAAGCCAUUCCUGGUCUUUUAGAGACUAAUUUGGAUGAUGUUUUAAGUCCUCCUGUGGAAGUAAUUGAUAAUCUAACUUACAGUCCUGUUAAAGUUAAAAAUAGGAAAAGUCUGGAAAAAAAUGUAUUGAAUGAAGAAAUACAAACAAAUGAUAACAAAGAAGAUAACAUUUCCAUUCUUAGUUCUCAAUUAAGCUCAAUAAAAGCAGUACAAAUAAAAUAUAGCAGCAGCAUUUUACACAGAUUAGUUACUGAAGAGGACGAAAAUGAAAAUGAAACAUAUUCAAAUAAUUCUCCAGAAAUGUCACACAAAAAAUUGCUUGAAACGCCAAAAAAAGAGAACAAGGUUCCAAAAAUGCCAGAUUUACUAUCAAAAGAGAUAAAGAUCCCAAGAAAAUCACUUAAUUUGCUUUCUCCGAGUGUAGUAGAAUUCAACAAAAAACUCACAAAUUUGAUCUAUGAAGAUACACUGCAAGAUGAUUUAAAUCAAAUUAAAAUUAAAGAAAAUUGCAAAACACCACUGAGUAUUCGCAACUGCAAUGAAUGUCCUACAAAACUAAAGCUAAAAGUCAAUGAUAAACCAACAAAGUUACACUCUGGCAGUAAAAUCCCUAUUUUAAGAGAGAAGAAACUAAAAGAAAAACGGUUCAGUGUACAAUGUGAAAAUACUCCUCCAAAAUCUAUGGAGUUAGUUGUUAAAACUAAGGCUACCAGUUGGGAUGCUGAUAACACACUUAUUAUCUAGAGUAGGUAAAAGUAUAUGCAUUGUAUAGUACUCCUGAAACUGUUUUACGUUAAAUAACGUUCCUGUUAAAUCGUACAUAGUAUCAGAUUAUUUGUGAUUUCCUAAGGUAAUAAAUUAUUAUCAAUA